AUGGCCUCCUUUGCCUAUCGUCGUGCCUCCCAACGCCUCGCUAUCGGCCUCGGCGCGGGUCUCGUCGGCGCCACCGGUCUCUCCGGCGCUGCCAUCGUGUCAGCCAAAGAACAACCGCGUCUCGUAGCGCCCAUUACGUGCGAGGACGGCACGACCGUCGUCCCAUACGAGACGCCGUCCCGGGCCGAGCAGCUCAAGCGCUUGCAGACGGAGCAGUUUGACGUCCUGAUCAUUGGCGGUGGUGCCACUGGCUCUGGCUGUGCGCUCGACGCUGCUACGCGCGGUUUAAACACGGCGGUCGUCGAGGCCAGUGACUUUGCAGCCGGGACAUCUGGACGCUCGACAAAGCUCAUCCAUGGCGGUAUCCGGUAUUUAGAAACGGCGUUUCUAAAACUGGAUUACGCAGCGUUUAAGCUCGUGAACGAAGCGCUGGAAGAACGUGCUUUUUUUCUAUCGGCGGCCCCGUACAUGAACCGACCGUUACCGAUCAUGAUUCCCAUUUACAAAUGGUGGGAAGUCCCUUACAUGUGGAUCGGGGCCAAAGCUUAUGACGUUGUCGCGGGGAGCCAACGAUUCGUACCUAGUAGUUACUACAUCAAUGCCGACGAGGCCAUGUUCCAGUUCCCCAUGCUCCGUAAAGACGGACUCAAGGGCGCGAUCGUCUAUUAUGACGGACAGAUGAACGAUACGCGGAUGAACGUGUCGAUUGCGCUCACGGCGACUCAAAAUGGCGCGACCGUGGCGAAUUACGUGAAAGUGGUGCAGCUGCUUAAGGACGAGGAGGGGAAAGUGCGUGGGGCGCGUGUCCAGAACGCUUUGACGGGCGACGAGUGGGACGUCAAGGCCCAUGCGGUUGUGAAUGCGACCGGGCCCUUCACGGACUCGAUCCGUCUGAUGGACGACCCCAAGAAGGACAAGAUUUGUGUCCCUGCUGCUGGUGUGCACACGGUUCUUCCGGAUCACUUUAGCCCCAACCGAAUGGGACUCAUCGUGCCCAAGACGAGCGAUGGCCGUGUGCUGUUUUUCCUGCCGUGGGAGAACGGAACGCUUGCCGGCACGACGGACUCGCAGUCGGACAUUACGAUGCUGCCAUCGCCCACGAAGUCCGAGGUGGACUUUAUCAUUGACGAGGCCAAUCGCUACCUUGCCAAGGAUGUCACGCGCAACGACAUCAAGUCGGCGUGGUCGGGUAUCCGCCCGCUUGUGAAAGACCCGCGUCACACGAAUGGCUCGACAGCCGCGAUCUCGCGCGAGCACGUUGUGGAAGUCUCGGAGUCCAACAUGGUGACGAUUGCUGGCGGGAAGUGGACGACGUACCGUCGCAUGGCUCAGGACGCGAUUGACCAGUUGGUGGCGACUGUCCCGGAGAUAAGGAAGAAGGCUUUGCCUUGCAAGACGAAGGACGUUGGUAUGAUUGGUGCCGACCGCAUUGGUGAAGUGUGCAACAAGAAGUUUGACAAGAUUACAGUCACGCUGCGUGAGAACUACAACCUUGACAAGGACGUUGCAGAGCACCUUAUGCGCAACUACGGCACUCGUGCACUGCAGGUGGCUGCAAUUGAGCAGGCCGGUUUCCUGGACCGCAAGCCGAGCGACCACCCGCGUCGAUUGCACCCGAAGUACCCGUACCUGGAGGCAGAGGUUGUGUUUGCUGUUCGACAGGAGUAUGCGCAGAAAGCGACCGACAUUCUAGGUCGUCGCAUGCGGCUAGCUUUCAUCGACAGCGGUGUGGGCAAGGAGUUGAUGCCGCGCGUGGUGUACAUGAUGAGUCAGCUGCUCGGGUGGUCCAAGGCUCGUCAAGAGCAGGAGUUGGCCGAGUGCAAGGAAUACCUGGAAACUAUGCACAGCUAA